CCAAAAUUGGGUCAUUGUAUUAAAUAGUAAUAUAGACACGUGGGCGGAAGUGAUCGACGUCAUCACAACAGUGAGACAGGGAGGAAAAGCAGCUCGAUCGUGGAAGUGAGUCAGAUCCACAGAAAACACCCGGAGAGCGGCUGCAGAACAUGAUCCACACCCGGCAGCAGCGCACUCUCUAACCUGCUCCAUCGCACCGGACACCGGACUCUCUGUGUUAUCUCUCCCCGUGUCCCCUGAGGCAGCAGCGCCAUGGUGAAGCAGUCGGACCGAGCCCCGCUGCUGGACUGGGAGGAGAUCCCCCCGCCGCCCGAUCCCAGCCAGGCGGGCCCGCUGCAGCCGCCGCCGCUGACAGAGGACGCUCCGGCGGGGAAAAGUUCGCAGGCAGCUGGCGGGAUCGCGGCCGGUCCUGGGUGGAGCACCACAACAAAAACCGUAUGCAGCCCGCCCAAGGCUGUCACCGCUGUUGUUGCCGUCGGGGACCGAAGCCCGGGCCGCCCGCUGACAGAUAUCCGCGCCCCGGGGUGGACUCGUCCGGAGCCUCUCGGAGCGGAUCGUCGUGUUCCCUUCCCCGGCCUCUCCGUGAGGGAUCAGUGGGAGGAGAAGGACCAGAUCGUGGCUGUGUUUGUGGUCACGUUUGAUACGAGAUCAGUUAUGGGGCAGGAGGAUGUUCAGUGUUAUUUCCGUAAAGGCUGUUACUUCGGCCUGGCCUGUUUCGCCAACAUGCCUGUGGAGAGUGAGCUGGAGAGAGGAGCGAGGAUGAAGUCUGUGGGAAUUCUGUCUCCGUCCUACACCCUGCUGUACCGCUACAUGCACUUCCUGGAGAACCAAGUCAGACACCAGUUGCAGUGUCCAGGCCAGUACUCUCCACUGGAGGCCUUCUACGAGGACAAGAAGGCCGUCCUUCCACCGACAGGAAACGGUCUAGUCACCGCUUGUCCGACCUGGAGUGUCACCACCAUCAACCGCUGCAUGCACCCAGAAAUGAAGAUCACCCACCCUGCGGGCUGCAUGUCUCAGUUCAUCCAGUUUUUCGGGGAGCAGAUCAUGGUGCUGUGGAAGUUUGCGUUGCUGAGGAAACGUCUCCUCAUCUUCUCCCCUCCACCUGUAGGUGUGGUCUGCUACAGGGUUUACUGCCUUUGCUGCCUGGCCAAUGUGUCUCUACCUGGAAUCGGUAUCUCUGUGCCUGAGUUACGGCCGUUCUUCUACAUCAACAUAGCCGACAUCACCACACUGGAAACGGAGAUGUCAUAUGUAGCCUGUACCACAGAAAAGAUCUUUGAGGAGAAGAAGGAGCUGUACGACGUCUACAUCGAUAACCAGAAUGUGAAAACACACAGAAGCCAUUUGCAGCCGCUGCUCCGGCUGAACGCGGCAGAUAAGGAGAAGUACAGGAAACUGAGUGAACAGAGACAACUGCUGCUGUACUCUCAGGAGGUGGACGGAGACUGCACGUCUAAUGAGGAGGAUCUUUUCAUUCUAUUCUUCAUGGAGCUGAACAACCGCAUCUUCCAGACCCUGUCCGAGGUGGCAGGGAGCGCGGACCCCACCCUAACCGCUGAGCACGUGAGAGCCAUGGGGCUGGAUCCCCAGUGUGAUCGCUCCUUCCUGGUCGACCUGCUGGAGGUGUACGGUAUCGACGUCGCCCUGGUCAUAGACAACCUCUGUUGCUCCUGAGCCCCCCCUCUCCUCCUCACUCAGCCUGGGAAUCUCAGGACAUCACUGGAUUAUCUGUGCCUUCAAGGCCCACACACACCAAGACACUGAAGACACUGCCUCCACCCUGGGGCUUCAUCUGUCGCCUGCUGUACUCUCCUGGGUGUAUGUUCCCCCUCCCCCCUAGUGUGUGUCUCAUCUGACCCAUAGAGACCGUUUCCAGCCAGCCUGAGUAAAAAGGACACGUUGGUGCGCUGGUUCACGUGGAUGAUAAACUCCUGCCUGGCAAACAGUGCACGCUCCCUACAGCCUUUCACAUCUUCCAUCACUUCUGUGACUUCUUGUUUGCUCUUGACUGACUUGGAUUCCGGCUCACGUGGCCAGGCUUUAAGCACUGGAUGAAAACUUAAACGCGUCUGGAUAAUGCCUGGUCAUCGCAGGAGGAUGAUCGGUCGCUCUCUGCUGCACCCGUCACAGUAAUGAAAGUGACACAUUCACAGUCCUCCAGCUUUGAUCAUCACUUGUGCUUUCUCCGAAGAACAUAUGAUUUGGUUUUUAGUGCUAGAAUUUAAUUUGUGUGCUUCAAAAACCUUUCGUUUGAAAUUCUAGCCUCCGUAACGUGUGACAAAUUCAACGACAUCAGAUCUUCUGCUGUAAUACCAUACAUAGGUGUUCGAAAUAUGUUUCUUGCUCUUGUGAAGCUACUAUUUGAAAGCUUUUCGACCACUUUAUUUGCCUUUUCGAAAAAAAAAAAGCAAUAUGAAUCUGUGUCGGCUGAAAGUAUCAGCCUUUCUCAUGUAGAUUCAGCCGCACAGUCGUUUGCUUACUGUUUCUGUCAGAGCCAAAAGUGAGAGGUGGGGUAGAACUGGAAUAUGCUGCCUGCUGAAAACCUCUUUUUCAUAAAUUAAUUAUUCUGAAGGGAAAAGCUGUUAUAAAUACUUAGUUCACUUUGGUGCACCUUCAACACGAGCGUCUCUGUUUGAUCACAGUUCCAGUGAAAGCGCUGUCAGGGAUGUUUUUGUGUCUGAUUUGUCGUAAUUGGCAAAGGAGUGAUUAAUGAAUGUGACUCUAUAACACUGACUUAUCAUGAAUGCUGCACCAUGUUCACCACUGGACUGUUUCCUGAUGCACACAGCGAUCAUGCUUAACUGUAAUGUGUGUUUUUUUAGAUGCUAUGUUUAUGAGCCAGCAAGUUGUUGUGUUGUUGAGGAUUCUUUGUGUGUGUCUGUGCGUGUGUUGUUGCAAAACCGUAUCCAGGCUUUCACUGUAUACAGAGGCUGGUUUGAUAUCUCUUGUGAUCCCACUGAGUGAAGCGUCCUUGAUGGAGCCGUUUGGCGUUUCCUUGUUUGUCAGCCUCAAACAGCUCCCCUCUUCCUGUAUGCAUUCGUGACAAAGACACCUUUGUGUUCUUUUUAGAUCUGCUAAUGUCAUGUUCAGGGCUGAGCUGGAGCUUUAACUCCUCCUCUACGGGUGCGUUCACAGAAAGGCCCCCGUCUGUUCCCGCUGAGGGUUUCUCUCGCUUCUUUUCAUCACGGCCCCAUUCAGAGGAUCCAGCCCCAGAGACGGGCCAACUUUGUGUUUUUUGAAGGCUGCUGGCAGACCCGGUUGUGUUCAUCCAUCUCAUUGUCAAUCAGAGUAAUGAUUUGUUCCACAUUGGAACACAUGAGGAUGAUGUCAAUGCCUUGUAUACACGUUUGGUGCAGUGGUUCUCAACCUUCUCGUGGGCCCCCUGAUGGACACUGUCAUUCCCUCCGCCAAGGUUACGUCUUUGUCUGCAUUUGUCUUUUUGUUUGUUUAUUAAAAACUACUGGAUGAUGACCACGAAACUUGAUAGUAGGAUGCGUUAUGAGUCAGGAAGGAAUACAUUAAAUGUUCGGUGUGGACCUGAAUCAGGGGACGGAUUCAGAAGUUUUUUUUUAUUAUUGCUUUCUCUAAAAUUGCGAGAUAGGGUAUGCUGUGUGCAGUUUGCAAUUUUGUCCAGAUCCAAUUUAAAAAAUGUGGAUGUAGUGGUUUCACAAGGGGACUGUUGGGCCUUAGCGGAGGUAGUGAGUGCCCUCUUGGUAAUUUGUACUGUGAGGAAAUACACUGGAGAAAAGCUUAAUUCUUAUUCUGACACAAAAAAUAGUCCCAAAAUAUUUAGUUUUUUAAAUGUCACAUUCUAAACAGGCUCUUUCAGGUGCCACAGGUUGAGAAUUGCUAAUUUUAUAGUCUGUACCUUAAUUUGAAACCCAAGUGAGUCAUGGUGUUUGCCGAUGGAUAAAAAAUGAAGAAAGUGUUGUGCGUGUAUAUAUGAAAGAAAAGGACACUUGUGCGUUGUUGUUUAAAUGGGGCCUUAAAAGACAUGUGACUUUCUCACCUCGUGGGUUCACCUGCGUUAUUUGCUAAAAGAUUAAGUACGUUGUUCCGAGCCCCUCUGAAUGACCUUACUGUCUCUAGUGGAACCUGUCGCCUCUUGUUUGCUCGUCAGGAGACAUGUUUUCUUAUCUCCGACAGUGUUUGCUUUACAGGUGUUUGUUCGAUGUAAAAAGGGAAUGUACACACCACACGCCACUGUAUAAAAUGCCUUCUCUGUGGAGCCACUCACAGCCGGGCAUCAGCUGAACGAUUCGUUUGUACAGCGUGUCUCACCACUGAUUGUCAGAGACAGCAGACGUAUUGCACACAUGCAGCAGCACAUCCAAAUAGUUGUAACAGUUUAUCUUCUCGAUUGUAACGUAAUUCAAGUUUAUUCAAAGAAUAACAAGUAAGUCUUCACCUUAACUAAUGUGAAACACUGUCAGUAAUAAUGUACACAUCAACUCAAUAGCAUGAGCAACUGUUAAUUUCACUGUACUGCCAUUGUAAAACAAUAAAACACUGAUGGUUAAAAACGUUCUAAUCCUCUGCUUCUUCAGUCUUUUCUUCUUUAUAAUCAUUGUCUGCCUAAACCUUUCAAACUUGCAAAAUUAUUACAACAACAUUUUAUAAAUGUUACCUUAAAAUAGCAGCUUCAAUUACCAGAACCAGGUCCAGCAAGUAGAAGAGUGACGCUGAACUGAAGUUGAAAAGACUUAGAAAACAUUAGAAACCAGCGUUUAUCUCCAAUAUUCAGCAAAGAAACUUUUAAAAUAUGAGGAUUUCUGAG